UUAUUUGCAGCCUCAAAGAUAACAGGAACAGUAAAAUGGUUUAAUGUAAAGAGUGGGUAUGGCUUUAUUAACAGAGAUGAUACUAAAGAAGAUGUAUUUGUUCACCAGACAGCAAUCAAAAAGAAUAAUCCAAGAAAAUAUUUGAGAAGUGUAGGAGAUGGAGAACAAGUUGAAUUUGACGUUGUUGAAGGCGAAAAGGGAUUCGAAGCUGCAAAUGUAACUGGUCCAGAAGGAUCAGCUGUCCAAGGAAGCAAGUAUGCAGCUGAACGAAGACGAUAUCAACGAGGUGGCUGGUAUCCACGA